CACCCAGCCAGCAGCAUGCUUCUCCUACAUAAAUCCAUCCCCCACCUCCGCCGCGCGCUCACCCCACGCCGCCCACCUCCGAAACCCUCCGCCCUCCCGCCCCCUCGCCGCCGCACCCUCACGCGCGCCGCCGCCGCCAUGGGCUCCGUCGCCGGCGACGCCGUCCGCCUCCCCUACCCGCCCGCCCGCCGCGACGACUCGGUGGUCGACACCUACCACGGCGCCCAGAUCCCCGACCCCUACCGCUGGCUGGAGGACCCGGACUCGGAGGAGACCAAGGAGUUCGUGGAGAAGCAGGCGGACCUCGCCGAGUCCGUGCUCGCCGGGUGCGGCGACAGGGAGGGCCUGCGCCGCGAGGUCACCCGCCUCUUCGACCACCCGCGCCACGGCGCCCCGUUCCGCCGCGGCGACAAGUACUUCCACUUCCACAACUCGGGACUCCAGCCACAGAGCGUCCUCUACGUGCAGGAUGGUUUGGACGCAGAGGCACAAGUUCUCUUGGAUCCAAAUGCUCUAAGCACGGAUGGGACUGUUGCUCUUUCCACAUACUCUAUCAGCAAGGAUGGCAAGUACUUCGCUUACGGGCUAAGCGAAAGCGGCAGCGAUUGGGUCACUAUUCGUGUUAUGCGCAUCGCAGACAGGCAGCCUACGUCUGACAAAUUGUCAUGGGUCAAGUUCUCAUCUAUUAGCUGGACUCACGAUGGGAAAGGCUUUUUCUAUGGCCGAUAUCCUGCGCCCGGAGUGGGUCUGGAUGCUGGAACCGAGACAAAUAUCAAUCUUAAUCAACAGAUAUAUUACCAUGUCAUGGGAUCUGAUCAGUCAGAGGACAUACUAUGCUGGAAAGAUCCUGAAAACCCCAAAUAUUCCUUUGGUGCGUCGGUCACUGAAGAUGGAAAGUACAUCAUACUGGGUACCUACGAUGGUUGUGAUCCCGUCAACAAGCUAUACUACUGUGAAAUUUCUUCACUCCCUCAAGGCAUAGAGGGCUUCAAAGAGACAAAACAAAUGCUUCCAUUUGUCAAGCUUAUAGACAACUUUGAUGCUCAGUAUCAAGUUGUGGCAAAUGAUGGUGAUGAAUUUACCUUCGUGACCAAUAAAAAUGCUCCGAAGAAUAAGCUGGUAAGGGUAAAUAUAAAAAAUCCAGAAGUGUGGACUGAUGUUAUCUCUGAGCAUGAAAGAGACGUGCUUGAAUCAGUUGAUGCGGUUAACGGAAACCAGUUGGUGGUGUGUUACAUGUCAGAUGUUAAGCAUACUCUGCAGAUAAGAGACCUUAUAACUGGAAAUUUGCUUCAUCAGUUGCCUCUAGAGAUUGGUUCUGUUUCAGAGGUCUCUUGUAGACGGGAAGACAAGGAAGUUUUUAUUGGCUUCACGAGUUUUCUUUCUCCAGGUAUUACUUACAGGUGUAACUUAACAUCUACAGUCCCUGAAAUGAAGGUGUUUCGAGAAAUUUCAGUUCCUGGGUUUGAUCGCACAGGCUUUGAAGUUAAGCAGAUUUUUGUCCCCAGUAAGGAUGGAACCAAGAUUCCCAUGUUCAUAAUGUCGAAGAAGGAUAUCGAACUUGAUGGAUCACAUCCAACUUUGCUAUAUGGUUAUGGUGGAUUCAACAUAAGCAUUACCCCUUCUUUCAGUGUUAGUCGUCUUGUUCUAUGCAAGAACUUGGGCUCUAUUGUCUGCAUUGCAAACAUCCGGGGUGGUGGAGAAUAUGGGGAGGAGUGGCACAAAGCUGGAGCGCUUGCAAAGAAACAAAAUUGUUUUGACGACUUCAUUGCUUGUGCCGAACAACUCAUUUCUGCGGGUUACACAAGUAAGAAGAAAAUAUGUAUUGAAGGUGGAAGCAAUGGUGGUCUUCUUGUUGCUGCUUGCAUUAAUCAGCGGCCUGAUCUAUUUGGUUGUGCCCUUGCAAAUGUUGGUGUCAUGGAUAUGCUUAGGUUUCACAAGUUCACCAUUGGUCAUGCCUGGACUACAGAUUAUGGGUGUUCAGAUAAGGAAGACGAAUUCGGCUGGCUUAUCAAAUAUUCCCCCCUUCAUAACGUGAGGAGACCUUGGGAGCAAAGCUUUGUUGAUAAUUCUCAGUAUCCAGCGACCAUGUUGUUGACAGGUGAUCAUGAUGACCGUGUUGUUCCAUUGCACUCAUUGAAGUUGUUGGCAACACUGCAGUAUGUCUUGUGCACUAGCACUGAGGACAGUCCACAGACCAACCCAAUAAUCGGUCGCAUUGACCGCAAGUCAGGGCAUGGACCUGGCAGGCCAACCAAAAAAAUGAUUGAUGAAGCCGCAGACCGUUACAGUUUUAUGGCAAAGAUGUUAGGCACUACAUGGACCGAGUAAUCCAUUCUGCCCAUCUGGAGAUGGCGAGCACUGAGGAUGGUGAAAGGCGUGAUCCUGGUGGGAAAGAUCGCCGACGCUUUGGAUGCCAAACAGUUUUAGAGUUUUUACAAUUCUUUGAAGCUCACAAUGCUUACAAAAUGUUUGUGUUGUGGCUUAUCCAAAUUUGGGAAUGUGUGAAAGAAUGUAUUCUCUCAUAUAUAAAAGGGGCGUUUUGGCCGUGAUGAUGUAUUGGUUUGAGGCCAAGAAUGUGCUAUUCUGCUUACUUUUGCUGUUGAAAUCGACAAACCGAGGUAUCCACUUUGAAAA